GUGUGUGGUGUGUGUGUGUGAACAACGUCAACGACACGACUGUGGGGCCGUCAAAUUGCGUCAGAUGAACAUGGCGUUCUUUAGGUUAUUGCCGUGAGUGUUGCUUAAUUUUUUCGCUAAAUGCAGAUCAUUGGUGUGUUCUGCGGGACGACGCAGAACUCCGUGUCGAUGGGGAGGCGACCCUUCGACGGCUUGGGCCGUAAACCCAGGACCUAGAGGAAAACCCCGAGUGUUAAAAGUAUACACACCCUGACGCGGUAUUAACACUGUUUUGGGUGACAUUUUUUUUCUUAUCAAAGACUUUUUUUGGUUUUCCCCCCCUUGUGUUUAUUGCAAAGACCAGUGUGAUUUCGUGGACCUAAUUAAUAAUUUGGAAAAUUUUUUGAUAAUGCAAAUGCCGGUAUUUUGGAACCAGUGAUUUUUUAAAUAGCCACAGGGUAUCACAGGGCACCACAGGGUGAAAGUAGUGGUGGUGGUAACCAAUAAGUGAUACUUAAUUCAUCCCCGCACAAUUUGUUUCGAUUGUUUUUUUUUUGCAAAGUUAUUUCGAUUGUUAUUGUUUUUCUUUUUUGACAUUUUUUUAGGGCGUCGGCUCUUUAAAGGCGGGAAAAAUUCGAUAAAACAUGUUUAUAUGAUUGUAAAAGAUGUACGUGGAGACGGUGGUUGGUAUUUGAAAUUCGUGUGGUGGUGGUGAAACCCUCCCUGGAGCAAAAGUGACACAUGUCAGUGCCAUUGACUUAUGUUUACGAUUCUUGUGAGACAAGUCGCCAGGGGAAAACAAAUAAAGCCGAAGCUGACAAAGAGAUUUGUAAAUUAAAAUACACAAGAAAGAGAGGUGAGAAGAGGGUCGGUGCCAUAUGCCGCCAGCCGGGCUAUCGGCAAGAGGCUUGUCUAUCUUGAUGGACCACGGACAACCGGACGCUCGUCAUCGGAGCGAGCGGUUAUUACUUUAUUCAGAGAAUGGCUGCUCUCAACCCCUUAAUCCAAAUACGGCCACACUUUCCCCCAGGUAUCAACACAUCAGUAGAGUCACCACACAAUUUAGCAAAAACUACUCAUACGGUCGUACUCCGAGCACUAUGUCAGAUAGCAGUGUAUCCGACACACACAGCGGUGGAACAGCAAGAACAAUUUCACAACAAACUAGUCCUUCCCAUGGCACGCAUUCCUCCUCUCAAUCUCGACAGGACAACAGUACGACUCUCUUUACUGCCCAGUUUGAUUACGUCGCACAGGGAGAGGACGAGUUGUCAUUGCAACGAGGAGAAACUGUCGAGGUCUUAUCCAAGGAUUCAAAGAUUUCUGGUGAUGAAGGCUGGUGGACUGGGAAGAUCCGGGGAAAAGUUGGCAUUUUCCCGGCAAAUUUUGUCAUUGAAGCGGAAGUAAUCGAAAGGGUAUCAUCGGUGAUCGAUAAUGUUCAUCCUGUUGAAAUUGAUUUCGAAGAAUUGCAACUGGAAGAGGUGAUAGGAGUCGGUGGAUUUGGAAAAGUUUACAGAGGAUUUUGGCAGAAACAUGAAGUUGCUGUUAAAGCGGCGCGCCAAGAUCCAGAUGAAGAGCCUAGUGUUACAUUGGAGAAUGUACGACAGGAGGCGAAACUUUUUUGGCUCCUUAAGCACGAGAAUAUUGUGCAGCUCGAGGGAGUUUGUUUAAAAAUGCCAAACAUGUGUCUUGUUAUGGAAUAUGCUCGCGGUGGUAGUCUCAAUAGGGUUCUUAGCGGUAGGAAGAUCAGGCCAGAUGUACUUGUCGAUUGGGCAAUUCAAAUUGCUCGAGGAAUGGACUAUCUUCAUAAUAAAGCUCCAAUUAGUCUUAUUCACAGAGAUUUGAAAAGUUCCAAUGUGUUACUUAGUGAACCGAUAGAGAACGACGAUCUUCAAUAUAAAACAUUAAAAAUAACGGAUUUUGGAUUGGCAAGAGAAGUUUACAAAACAACUCGUAUGUCGGCAGCUGGCACUUAUGCUUGGAUGGCACCAGAAGUUAUCAAAAAAAGUACAUUCAGUAAAGCAAGCGACGUUUGGAGUUACGGUGUUCUUUUGUGGGAACUUUUAACUGGAGAAACGCCAUACAAAGGCAUAGAUGCCUUAGCAGUUGCUUACGGAGUUGCUGUGAAUAAACUUACCUUGCCAAUACCCUCAACUUGCCCACAACCAUGGAGAUUUCUCAUGGAAGCCUGCUGGUCGUCAGACAGCCACUGUAGACCAGGUUUCGUAGAAAUUUUACUAGCAUUGGAUGAUGUUAGAAGUGCUUUUGCUGCCACACCCCACGAAUCAUUUCACACGAUGCAAGACGAUUGGAGACUUGAGAUUGAAGAAGUUCUUCAUGGAUUGCGCAUGAAAGAAAAGGAAUUGCGCUGCAGGGAAGAAGAGUUAACCAAGGCACAAGUGCAACAGAGACAGCAUGAGGAAAAUUUAAGGCAACGAGAACAGGAAUUAGCUGAGAGGGAAAUCGAUCUCUUGGAACGGGAGUUAAUCGUUAUGAUUAUCCAACAAACUACCCCGACUCCCAACAAGAGGCGGGGUAAAUUCAAGAAAUCGAAAUUGAAACUCAAUAAAAAAGAACCUGGGAGCAAUAUUAGUGCACCGUCUGAUUUUCGACAUACAAUCACCGUGCAACAUACGGCUCUAGAUAGAGGGAAAAAUAGAAAUCCUUCCAGGCCGAAUAGUCCGCCUGGUUCGCCGAGUAUUCCUCGACUCCGAGCAAUAGCAUUACCAGCCGAUGGAGUUAAGGGUAAGACCUGGGGACCAUCAACACUUCAUCAACGUGAACGCGGUGCAAUAAUCUCCCAGCCACCAAAUCCCGCAUCACCAGGUGGGAAAAGAUGGUCGCGCUCCGCACCAGAUCUUGAAAAGACUCCACUACGUACUGCGUUGCUUGCAAACGCGCAUCGCUCGCCACUUCUUCAGGAAAUAGAUUAUUCAGGAGUGCAACCGGAUUUAUCGGGUGAAUGGAUGUCAACGGAUUAUCCAGUGAAGCCGGGUUUAACGGGACCUUAUAUUAUGCCAAUGCCAAUACCAUUGCCCACAUUGUAUAAUGGUGACAAUAAGAGGCCAAAAUUGAAUAUUAUUGAAUUGGCACUUUAUAAUGUGGCAGCAUUACUUGGAUGGACAGCGGCUGGCUAUGAUAUUCGAAUGUCAAAUAUUCCUCCGAUUCAUCCACGUUUACAGCAAAAUUUAAAUGACGAGGAGGAAUCGUCGAGAUGGUGGUUUCCUGCCGAGAGUGGUUCUAAUCGAAAUUCUGGUUAUUUGGGUCCUGAGUAUGAAUUUAGUUCGACUAGUGGUUAUCCUCAUAAUACUUAUCAUGGGCCUGCACGACAUUACAGACCGUAUUUGAGUAACAUGGGAGGAAUAGCGCCAGGAUUGUCGCCGGCAAUGUUGUCUGAUAAGCCAUUAAGAUUUACGGAUUCUCCUCAACACUAUACGAAUAGCACAGGUUCGAAUGCACCAACACCAAGUCCGAGGAGAAAAAGUUCUAGUACAAGUAAUGAGGAGACGUAUUCUUCGGAAGUUGCGAGGAUUGAGCGAACACCAACGGCUUAUAUGGGAGGAAAUCUUUUGCCAGAUUAUGGACAGCAAAUGUAUCCUCUUGUCGCACAGGACUACUAUCGUUCGUCGGACACUGGAUAUUAUCCUCCUUCGGAAUAUCACGACAGAAUGCUGGAGUGUUCGGACUUCCCGCACGCCUAUGACAAUCCCAGCAGCAUAAGUAGUUCGGCAAGACCAAGUCCUCGAUUGCCAUCCUACACUCAUCAUCGUACCUCGUCAAAUGUCUCGAAUGCGAGUACAUCCAGCCAAAGUAAUGUAAAUCCAACAUUUCGUCUUGAGGACGAAUCAGAUUAUUCUCUAUAUUCACCGAAUCAUUACUAUCGACACAGUAAUGUUUCGAGUAUUACAAAUUAUAAUAGUCCAAAUCUAUUGAAUCACGAUUAUGGCUUUCAAUAUUUAUCGAGGCAAAAUUCCCAUGAAUCGAGCACGAAUUCAGGUGAACGACCGGCUAAUUUGGAAGUUGUCUCAAGAUUAAGAUCGAGUUUAAAACGAUCCAAUUAUUCAUAUAAUUCGCCAAAUAAGACUGCAAGUAAAAAUAAUUCCGGCUCGGGAACACCGACAAAUCCAACGCCACCAGAUUCAUUGACAUCAGAGGAUUCAAGUUAUGUGUCGGCAAAAGAUAGUCAAAUAUCAAUAGGAGGACGAGUACGCUUUUCGCCCGUCAAAUUCGAUAGAGAUAGAGAUAGUAUUUCACGUGAACAUCGAGAAACAAUAUUAGAUAUUCCUGUUCAUGGACAAAGUCAGGAUAUAACAAUUCCAUUGCAAGCGAAUCGUAGAAUAAGUCGUAAUCGAAAACCUAGUAUUUCUGAAUUGGAGAGGGAAUUCUUGUCAUAGCACUGGCUUAUCUAAAGGUAUGAAAUGCAUUUUUACCAAUUUUAUUUUCAUCACAUUUUAUUUACUGGAAUUUCAGUAAUUUUAGAGAAUAGAGAAAAGAAACCUGAAAUAUUAUAGUGAUUUUACCUAUGCGCCUUCAAAUUUUUCAAUAUCUCUUUUAAUGAAAUUAGAAAUCUAAUAUUGCUGAAAUUCCCCUUUUUGCGCUCAAAUCCGAGAGAAUUGAAAGCCAAAUUCACUGCCAUUCGUAAAAAUUUCUUCUUAUAUUUCUUGCUUUCUUUUCUGCAAGUAUUUCUCAAAAAUAAAUGAACAUUAUCUACUUCUGGCAAUCAAUACAAAAUGAGCUUAAAAUUUGAAAAAAUAGUUUAAACAUUUGAAAAAUGUUUAAUAUUGAAAAUUGUUUAAAUUUGAAAUUUAUUUAAAACACACGAUUAUUAUUUUAUUUCGUAACAUUCCAAAAAUAAGGUCAAGAAAGAAAAAAUUCCGAACUAGUGCAUUUCUCGUGCCAUGACUUCAUUUUUCUUUUACUUCUCAUAUUUUUCAACAACGAAACGACAUUCCCGUAGAUUCCGUGAAGAAAAACUUUAAUCAUUCUUCUUCUUCUUCUUCUUUUUUUUCUGAAAGAGAAUGAUAGCUGUGUUUUUAAAGUACUUAUCGUUGGUUUCUAGACUUAAUGGAAAUUCUUUCUUUUUUUCAUCUUCAAAUCGAACUGAAAAUAAGUCUCGAUUUUGGACUGACUUUUCAAUAUUAUAAUAAUAAUAAAAUAUUGAGACAGAAACGUUGUUAAAUUGCAAAUUUCACGUUUUGUUUCUUCUGCAAAACUGAUGUUGUACAGUAGAUUGAAUUGAAUUCUAGGAGACACUUAAAAAUCAAUUUUAGAUGUUCUCGAUUCCACACGUCUUUUUUUUUUUGGUUUGUAUCGAUUUAGAUUGUUAUCGACUGAAAUCGAGUAUUUUUAUUUUGCAAAAAGGAAAUUUCUUUUCGUGAUUAGGUUUUUUAGAAAUUUUUUCCGUAAAAUUUGCUAAGAAAAUUUCCAUACUUAGGAAAUGGGGAAUUUUAAAAGUUGAAUUAAAAUAAAUUACCUAAUUAAAUUAAAAAAUCAGUUAAACUGAAUUUAAAUCAAAUUAGAAUUAUUAGAAAUAGGUUUUUUAAAAAUCUAUCUUUAAACAGUUAAAAGGCCUCGAAUAGAACGAUUUUUUCCGACUAUUUUUAAAACAGUCGACUUUUUUCGACUUAUUUUCAAAAAAUGCGACUUUUU